AUGAUGACCACCUUGGCAGGCCCUCUGCCGAAGUUGGUCGUCUUUGAUUUGGAUUAUACACUAUGGCCGCUCUGGGUCGAUACGCACAUUGAUCCGCCGCUCAAGCGACGUGGCACGACGCUGAAUGAAAUGGUCGAUCGCUCUGGGCAGCGCCUCUCGUUCUACGCCGACGUGCCAUCCAUUCUGUUUGAUUUGCGACGUGCUGGCGUGCCGAUCGCCGCGGCAUCGCGGACGAGCGCGCCGCGCAUUGCUCGACAGGCAUUGCAAGGACUCUGGAUUGUCGAUAGCGCCGUGGGCGAGGCCGCCCAGCCGGUACCGGCUCAUGAUCUCUUUGUCCACCAGGAGAUCUACCCAGGCUCCAAAGUCUCGCACUUCCGCCGCAUUGCCGACGCCACCGGCGUCGAGUUUGCGGAUAUGCUCUUCUUCGAUGAUGAGCACAGAAAUGCGGAAGUACAGUCCAAAUUGGGCGUCCACUUUGUCGAGGUGGGCACGCAAGGCUUGGAUCGCGCGACCUUCCAACGUGGCCUCGAAGCCUGGCAAAAAAAGCGAAGGACCAACGCAAAAAGUACGUAG